UAAUAGACACUCGUAUCAGACCUGCUGUGGGUGUGUGCAUGCAGCAUAAUGGAGCAGGCGAAACCCCGAACGGAGAACCGCCUCCGCCUUCCUUUAGCGCAGCAGCUCCGCUCCAAAUGGCAGCAUCACGGGUGAGGAGGUUCGCGCAGGAGGGGCGGACGGUCCCUCCUCAGCCGAGAGUGAUGGUGGUGUUUUCGGCUGCGAGUGACACUGAGAAACAGGGAGAUGCGAUGUCUUGCGCGGACACCGGGGAAGAGGUGUAUCGCAAACCAGCCAUACCUAUUCCUAAUCUUAAUUUAGGGAAGUCCCUUCGCACUUUAGACGCACCUGAGGAGUUCCCUGAGGUCAUCCCCCUGAAUGUAGGAGGAACAUAUUUCACCACUCGGCUCUCCACCCUGCGACGUUAUGAGGACACAAUGCUGGCUGCCAUGUUUAGUGGCCGCCACCACAUUCCCAGGGAUGCAGAGGGACGAUAUUUCAUAGACCGAGACGGAGCAUAUUUUGGGGAUAUUCUGAAUUUCUUGCGAGAGGGUGAGCUGCCUCAGAGGGACCGUGUUCGUGCGGUGCACAGGGACGCUCAGUAUUAUGCUAUUGGGCCUCUUUUGGAAAGCCUUGAAGACACGCAGCCACUUACCGGAGAGAAAGUUCGACAGGCUUUUCUUGAUCUUUUGCCCUAUUAUAAAGAAAAUCUUGAGCGCAUCGUGGAGAUUGCAAAACUUCGUGCCAUGCAGCGGAAGGCUCGUUUUGCAAAAUUGAAGAUCUGUGUUUACAAGGAGGAGAUGCCCAUCACCCCUUAUGAAAGACCACUGUUCAAUUCGCUGCGAUUUGAGCGCUCGGAGAGUGAGGCCAAGCUGUUUGAGCACCAUUGUGAUGUUGACGUGUCCUUCGGGCCCUGGGAGGCAGUGGCGGAUGUUUAUGACCUUCUUCACUGCAUAGUAAGCGACCUGGCAGAGCGUGGCAUCUCUGCUGACCAGCAAUGCAUCGGCGUAUGUGACAAACACCUCAUUAACCACUACUACUGCAAAAGGCCAAUCUAUGAGUUUAAAAUCACCUGGUGGUGAAGGUGAGGUGUUUUAGCUGAUGUUUCUUUUGCCAAGAACUGAGAUGUGCAAGUCCGAGCAAAUGAUGUUUGCUACUGUCUACAGUUAUAUGAAACCAGCAGGAUCAUGGAGUCCUACUCAAAAUGAGUGGAAAUAAUGACAAGCUUUUGAAAAAGAUGGCUAUAAUUGUGGCAUUUGCUCUUUUGUUUCUUCAUGAAACUGCGGUUUGCAACCCAACAUUUAUUUUAUGGGCAGCUCUAUUGAUUCCUUAGUUUUUGUAAGUAAUUGUUUAACUUAGUUAAUUUAGAAUAAACCUGGAAUCAUUUCGUCCAGUUGUAGUUCUGAAGAGAUUUUCUGGAAUCGUCCGCAGAGGAAGUGAACUUAUGUGAAACAGUGUUUCCUGUUCUAAAUAUGACAUCUCUUAAGUAUGUUUCCGUGUUAGAUGUAAUGAUUGUAUUAACAGUUUGAUCGAAGAAUCAGUCAACUGGACCCAUAUUCGGAAACUGAAAGUCUGUCACUGCUAUUUCUUUAAAAAAAAAAUAUAUAUAUAUAUAUUUCCAUACAGUAUUUUAAAAUGACUUUACCCAAUUUGUUUUACUUGACAUAUAUGUAGGACCUGAUCCAUGUCAUGUUUCCAGUAAU